UUCACUAGCGUUUACCAAUAGCAUUUUGUGCCCCCAAAGUCUUCCUUUUUACUCUUUUCUUCCAUCACUAAAUCACAAGACAUAGCCUAAACGAUUUCUGGACAAAAUAUGUCAAAUAAGUCUCCCGUCUUCCCCAUGCCUGAGCCUCAACACUUCAGUGACUAUGGCUUCGACCCUCAAAUCGAUUACUUCCAGGUGUUGGAAGAAGCAAGGAAGCAUAAGAAAGAGUCAUCGAGAUCCAUAGACUCUUUGCACUUCAAGCUUCAGAAACCCAUCUCGAAAGAAGAGUCAAGGGUCAAGAAGUCCCUCCACAACAAGGCUAAGAAGAAACGUUGGUGGAAAAAUGCCUUCUUCUUCUUCAAAUGGAAGUGGAUCUACAACAGCCGCCAUGAAAAUGAUUCUAAUUACAGUCUCGAACAUGAUGUGCAUCACGGAAGAGCUAGAGAUUUCAGGGCUUCAAUAUCAGGUCCGGUUUAUGUAACCGAGAGUAGAAGUGGGUCUUGUUCUCCGUAUAGAAGCACAAGCCGGCCGUCGUCAGGCCCACUUGCCGGAACUCUUUCUCCAGUGAACAGGAGUGAGUUUCAGGUUCCUUAUUUGAGUCUCAGAGAGCUGAACACUGAGCAGCAACAACACCAGAGGAUGUCUACUUCUUCAAUGCCGAUAUAUCUGGUCACUUAGAAGAAGGAGAAAGUUGUUUUUUCACUUAAAGAUUUAGUUUUUGAGCUCUUUUAAGCUUUGGUAAGAGCCUGUAGUGGCGGGAUUCUCUUAUGUUUUCGGAUAUCCCCACUGUGAUUUCUGCAACUAAUGAACUCAUGCUUUGACUCGGUCA